GUGACAUCGACAAGUGGAAGCCGCAGUCCCAUCACCAGGUCGAGUCCCAAGUGCGCUUGCCGGUCCCUGCCGCCUCUUCCAAGCCUCUCGCAGAAAGCGGUCAGAGCAUCGCAGGACCCAGACUCGCUCCCCCAGGCGGUACAGCUCGGUGACGUGUCGUCCUGCAAGUGGUGUUGGCGACACCGUUCCUGCAUCCCGCGUGCAUCCAGCGUGCAUCGAGCCGCGCCCCUGCGACAGCGGACGCAUCUCAUCGACAUCUUCGACGCCCAAGCCCACCCCUGUCCCCAAGAAAGUUGAGGCCCGACCGAGGGAUUCACAUUGGCCGUCGUCAGGUGUCGCGUGCUUCAAGCCCUCUUCGACUUGCCAUCCACAUCGCGACAACACACGGAGCCAAAUCGCCCCCUGCUGGCCGCCAGCAUCAUGUGUAUUGUCCUCCUCAGCACGGCGCAUCCGCGGUACGCCCUCAUCAUCAUUGACAACCGCGAUGAGUACGUCCUCCGGCCAACGACCCAGCCAUACUGGUGGACCCAUGGCCCUUCCGGCAACCGCAUUCUCUCGUCACGCGACCUCUAUCGCCGGGAGCGUGGCACCUGGAUGGGCUUCAACCAAGACGGUCGCUUUGCAGUCCUCACCAACUUCCGCGAAUCGGCCCUCGACGAUCCGGACAAGUCUCUGGGCACCGUCAUGAGCCGUGGCGUCAUUGUCAAUGAGUGGCUCGGCGCACCUCCAUCAGAAAGCCUGGACGACUUCGUGCCCCGAGUCAUGACCAGCGGCACCUUUAAAGGAGUCGGAGGCUUCUCCUUGAUCUGCGGGGAUCUCCGCGGCAUGUCGGAAGCGAAAGGCAUGAGAGCGGCGUCCAUUUUGUCGAACCGGUGCGACAGUGUAGACCAGGUCCCCCGCAUCUGCGGCACCCGAGGCACGACCGUCUCACUCAGUAACACCAUCUAUUCGUCGGCCAGCACGUGGCCAAAAGUCAACCUCGGCGAGGAGCUUAUGGAGAACACAAUCAAUGAGGCGGUCAAACAGGAUUGGGACGAGGACACUCUGACAGAAAACCUGUUCUCCGUGCUCGACCACGAUACGAUGCCGCGAGAUCCUGAUAGGACACUGGCCGAGUUUCGGGACCUCUUGAGGACAUCCAUUUUUAUUCCUCCCUUCAACAACCAAGAGAGCCAGAAGUGCAUGGAAGAUGCAAAACGAAGGGGACGAGAAGAAAACCUGCCGCAGUUUGAGACGGCUCCGGAAGACGACGAGAGCAAGGACGGGGACGACCUAGAGCCGAAAGAAGCCUUUUUGCAGGGCGCGUAUGGCACACAGCGACAGACCAUCAUCUUGGUUGACUGGGAUGGCAACGUCACCUACAAGGAGAGGGCGUUGUGGGAUGCGCACGGAAAUGCCCUGAAAAGGGGCGAGGCUGAUGUAGUCAAGAAGUUCCACAUAGGCGAUACUACCAAUUAAAAUGCCAUCCGACGCAAGAAACUUUUGCAUCACUCCCAUUCCAAGGCAUGGAGGAUGUGGAGAGGAAGGACAAGCGCCGCUUCCAAUAUCGUGCCUGCUCAAGAUACGGAUCC